AUGGACAUCCACCAGCACGACCUCGUGAGCUUCGGGCCCGGGCUCCACGACUGCGGCGCAGUCGAGGGCCUUGAGGCCGAGGCCACCGCGGAGGACGACGUCCGAACGUUCCAGAUUAUCCGCUUCGACAACACCCUCGUGACCAAGAAGGGCAGCGACCUCACGGUCAUCGACAGGAGCUACCUCAACAUCGCCGACGUGGUCGCGUCGGCGUCCGACCCCGGCGGCCAGAUCGGCGUCGUCACCGGCGCCACCACCAGGCUCGACCUGGUCAGGACCGACGAGCGCGAUGAGGUGGCAGAGGCCGCCGUCAGAAGCGUGCCCGCGUCGCGCCUGCGCCGCGCCAGGGCGCUCGGCCUCGGCGACCUGGUCGUGUCCGGCCCGUGGCUCGGCCAGGUCUCCGAGGUUCGCGUCGACGCCGACAUGUCGUUCGACGACGGCGCCCUCUGCACGGUCGCCGACGCGGAGUCCAAGUCCAGGUUGCUAGAGCUACUUACUGCCCACGGCGUUAUUCUUUGUCAGAAGAACAGUUUUUUCUGCCCGGGGCAGCGUGUCCGCAGCUGUUGCAGUAGCGUUUUCAAGGACGCCAGGUGGCUUCGUGGACAGUGGAACGCGGAUCGUGAUGUAGCCACCGUCGUAAAGGUGGAGAUGUCAGGCGUCCUUGUCCACUGGAUCGCGUCCAGGCACUGCGGCACUGACCCGCUGCUCCUCGAGGCAUUUGCUCCUCCGGCCUACCAAAACCCUCAUGACUUGACCUUCUUCUGGGUGGCUUACAACAAUAUGGGAUGGGGGCCAGCUGACCACUGUUUCUUUAAGGAGCCCGGUUCGACGCAUGGCGGUUCAGAUUUUGCUCAAGAUCAUCAAAUAGCGGAGGAGCGACACGACGACGAGGACAUGACCACUGAUAAUCGUGGAGCACACAAUAGAGACGAAGAAGAAGUACCUGAGCUUCCUUCUGGAAAAUGCCAUCUUCAAGGGGGGCACAUGAAUAAGGUGGAGUUGCACAUGACCGUCGCCAAGACCCAAACAUAUGUCGACGUGUUGUGGCAGGACGGCACACGUCAAUGCGGCAUACCAUCCAAGUCCAUGGUCCCUUUCAACAUCACGAACGACCACGAAUUCCUCCCUGGUGAUCAUGUGCUUGACAAUGCUGCAUCUCUUGACGGCUCGACCGCUAGUACCAUCAACGAUGAUAACAUUGCUUCAGAUGUUACCAAACCGGCAAGGCGCGCCGGCAUCGUCAGAACUGUCUGUUGCAAGGACCAGACAGUGAAUGUGUCAUGGUUCAAGGCGGCGGCGUGCCCUAACGAGGCUAGGGAGGUCGAGUGCAAUGAUACCGUGAGCACGUACAGUUUGGAACGGGAAUCUGGUGAUACUUCUAACCUGGGAUGUAUCGUUGUUCGCCUCCUUCCAUCAUCAUGGAGCGAGAUGAAUAAGAAUGUUUCCCCCGCCGAUCUUUCUUGGGUGGGGCAUGUCAUUGACCAUCCUGAUGGCCACGUUCUAGUCAAGUGGGGUGAUGGUAGUAUCUCAACGGUGUUUCCCCAUGAGAUCGUCGUCCCCCGCCAGGAGGACUACAUGGUACGAAAGUAUGAAUCAGAUGAGGACAGCAGCACUGAUGACGAUGAAACAGAUGAGGAUAGCAGCACCGAUGACGAUGAAGAACCAGCUGUCGCCAACACGGACAAUGAUCUAGUGAACCUAGCAGAGGAUGGCGAUGCUGGAAGUGACAGUGCAGCAACAAGUACCUACCGUUUGACUUCUUUCAUCAGCUCAGAGUUACCCACAGCCGCUGAGGACAAUGUCGGAGAGUCUACAAAAUCAUCCGAAGAGGAAAAUAAUGCUGCGGAUGCUACCGGUGAUGGUCAAUAUUUCUGUUUCUCACGUUUCGAUGUAUUGCAGAGCCCUCUGGAUCACCAUUACCUUGAAACCGCUGACGAGGGCGGUAGUCGUGGAAAAAGUUGGGUCAAGGUAGUACAAAAGGAAUGGAAAAUUCUAAAGAAUCACUUACCAGAGACCAUCUAUGUGCGAGCGUUUGAGGACCGCAUGGACCUGCUACGGGCGGUGAUGGUCGGGGCGAGCGGAACACCCUAUGAGAACGGUCUUUUCUUUUUCGACUUCUACCUGCCGCCGUCCUACCCGGCGGUGCCACCGCAGGUGUAUUACCACUCCUUCGGUCUUCGCCUGAAUCCCAACCUCUACGAGUCUGGCACGGUGUGCCUCAGCCUGCUCGACACAUUCGAUGGCGAGGGUACGGAGGUGUGGUCCCCGGAGACAUCGAGCCUCCUCCAAGUACUCGUCUCAAUCCAGGGUCUCGUCCUAAACGACCAACCAUACUACAACGAAGCCGGCUAUGAGAGACAGGUAGGUACACCAGCAGGCCGCCGCAACGCGCUGCCCUACGGUGAGAACGCAUAUCUUCUCACGCUCCGGACCAUGUUAUACCUGUUGCACCGGCCGCCUCAUGGAUUUGAGGGAUUUGUCAAGGAUCACUUCGUCCGUCGGGGGAGGUUUGUGCUCGGGACAUGUGAGGCGUACCUACAAGGAUGUGUUAAUGGCAUGCACAUGGAAGAUGACAAUGCCGCUAAAGCUGGUAAGGAGCGGCCGUGCUCGGCUGGGUUAAAGCUUGCGCUAGCGAACAUGGUACCGAGCCUCCUGACGGCCUUCAAGGAGCUAGGUGCCAGUGGGUGCGAAGUGUUUCAGAAGCUGCUGAGUCCCAUUACCAGGUUCUCUUAG